UUGCUGCAGAAAAUAGUAAAAAAGUGAGGGGGAGACAGUCAUGUUAAUGGGCUGAAAAUAGAAUAAAAGAACAUAAAAACAGUUAAACAAAAUUAAUCGGACCGACCGGUUUGAACCGGACCAUACCGGUUCGGCCAUCUCUUCCUCCUCCAUCAUUUUCUCCUGAAAACACCAUGCGGGCCGGCCACUGGUUAUCUGUUCAUCUUCUACCUCUCUCUCUCUCAAGCUUCCAUUAAAGACAUGAAAAAAGCUUGUUGAAGCGGCAUAAUCAAAGUAAACACCAUAUACAUUCAACAAGAACAUUUCAUACAAGCAAGAACAUGACCAGUGGCAUGAGAUGAAGAGAGUUCAAGGCUUACCGACGGAGCGGGGAUUUGCUCCGGUUAGUAUUGAAAAUUGUCGAUAAAUUCACCAACGAGAAACGCGGAAAACUUCAAAUCUGUAGCUUUUACUUCUAUACGUUGCAACUUGCAUUGCAUUGCAUUUUGUUUCCGCUUCAAUUUUUCAAACUAUUCUUACUAUCGUGAACUAAGUUAUGGCGACUAUUGUUGGAGGAGCACUUCUUUCAGCUUCCAUGGAGAUGCUGGUGAAAAAGGUUGUUUCUGGUGAGUUUGUUGAUUUGUUUCGGAGGACUAAGCUGGACGUUGAGCUGUUGGAAAAGCUGGAGAUAACAUUGCUGAGUCUUCAAUCUGUACUUUAUGAUGCUGAGGACAAACAAAUCAAUAAUCCUGCUGUCAACAAGUGGCUGGAGAUGUUGCAAGAUGCUGUCUUUCAAGCUGACCAACUGUUCGACGAACUCAACACCGAAGCUUUAAGGUGCCAAGUUGAAGCUGAUCAGGUUCUUAAAAAGUUUUUAGAUUAUUUUAAAAGGUUUAAUAAAAAGAUCAAUUCUAAAUUGCAAAAACUAUUUGGAAGAUUAGAACAUUUGAGAAGCCAAAAUCUUGGAUUGAAAGAAGGUGAUUCCAACUAUGUUAGGAAUGUAACUCCUACAAGUCCUUUUUUAGGAGAUGAAACUGCUAUUUAUGGUAGAGAUGAUGACAGAAAGAAACUUAAAGAAUUUUUGCUGUCACAGGAUGGUUGUGAUAGCGGAAAUAAAAUAGGAGUGAUUUCCAUUGUGGGUAUGGGAGGGUUAGGAAAAACAACGCUAGCUAAACUCCUUUACCAUGACCGUCUUGUGAAGGAGAAGUUUGAUGUCAGAGCGUGGGCACAUGUUCCAAAAGAUUUUGAUGUUGUCACUAUCACUAAAACCAUUCUUAAAUCUGUCACUUCAGGAACUAUUACAGAAACUGACUUAGUUAAACUCGAAGAUCAGUUGCAGCAAAGUUUAAGUAACAAAAAGUUUUUGUUAGUACUGGAUGAUAUAUGGUAUGGAAACUAUGUUGGUUGGAAUAGUCUAAGCGAUAUCUUUAAUGUUGGACAAAUAGGAAGUAAGAUCAUCAUCACAACUCGAGAUGUAAGAGUCGCACUACCCAAGCAAAAAUCUCUCCAUGUCCACCAUUUAAGAUCUUUGGAAAUUGAAGAUUCAUGGUCUUUACUAGCCAGACAUGCAUUUGUAGAAACAAACUACCAACAACAUCCCAGUUUAGAAAUAACUGGUAGAGAAAUUGCCAAAAAAUGUGGCGGUUUACCAUUAGCUGCAAUAGCACUUGGGGGUAUUCUCCGGUUCAUGUCACCGGAUCGUUGGAGUGAUGUGUUAAACAACAGUAUUUGGGAACAUACAAGUGAAGAUGUGAAACCAUCUCUGCUACUGAGCUAUCGUUACCUUCCAGCUUCUUUAAAAGGAUGCUUUGCUUAUUGUGCAAUUUUUCCAAAGAACUCAGUCUUAGUGAAAAAGACUAUGGUUCAGUUGUGGAUUGCAGAAGGCUUAAUACCUCAGCCAAAAAUUGAGAAUACAUGGGAAAAAGUGGCUGAAGAAUGCUUUGAUAAUCUUGUGUGGAGAUCUUUGAUACAUCGUCGGUCCAUUGGUGAUGGGAAAGUUUGCUUUGAAAUGCACGACCUCAUCAAUGAUUUAGCUAUGGCAGUUUCAUCUCCGUAUUGCACUAUGUUGGACACACAUAAGCCAGAUAUAAGGGUGCGAUACUUGGCAUAUGACAGAUUUGAAUAUAACUCAGACGAUGAAUUUGAAAAAUUGCAUGGAUUAAAAGGACUACGAACUUUUCUACCCAUGCCAUUGCAAACUUUCGGGGAUUAUGAUAAUUCCGUAUCGUCGAAGUUAUUUUCUGAUUUGUUGUCGAGAAUGACAAAAUUACACGUGUUAUCUCUUUCAAACUAUAGAAAUAUCACAGAGUUACCCAACUCUAUUGGAAAUUUGAUUUACCUGCGAUACUUGAAUCUCUCUCGUACUGGGAUUAAAAGGUUGCCUUCAGAAACAUGCAAGCUUUACAAUUUGCAGACAUUGUUGUUGUCAAAUUGCUAUGAACUUAUUGAAUUGCCAGAAGACAUGGGGAAAUUGGUGAAACUACGCCACCUUGACAUCAGAGGCACUAAAUUGAAGAAAAUGUCGGCACAAAUUUCCAAAUUAGAAAAUCUGCAAACAUUGUCGAACUUUAUUGUGAGUAGCGUUAAGGAUGUUGGGUUGAAGAUUAAAGAUCUUGGAAAAUUUCCCUAUCUACGAGGAAGCCUUUCCAUCUCACAUAUUGAAAAUGUAAUUGACUUAUCCCAAGCAUCUCAAGAAAACUUGGAGAUGAAAAACGAAAUUGACGAGUUGGAACUAGGGUGGUCUUACGGUGCUCCUUCAAACUCACAAAUACAAAGUGUUGUAUUGGAGGGACUGCGCCCAUCGAUAAAUUUGAAGAGUUUAACUAUCCGUGGAUUUGGUGGAGACAAAUUAUCAAAUUGGGUGGGAGAUCCUUUAUUUGUAAACAUGGUGUGUUUGAAGAUCACAGGGUGUAAAAAAAUUUCAGUGCUACCAUCCCUCGGGCAUCUAGGUAACCUAAAAGAACUCUUUUUUAGUGAGAUGGAAUCUGUAAAGAGUCUUGGUACUAUGUUUUAUGGAAGUGGUAAUUCUUCAUUUCAACCAUUUACCUCUUUAGAGACUCUAAGAUUUGUAGAUAUGCCAGAGUGGGAGGAAUGGAAGUUGAUUGGAGGUACAUCAAUAGAGUUUCCUUGUCUUAUAUGUUUGUCACUAAACCGUUGUCCAAAACUGAAAGAAAACAUACCUAGCAACCUUCCUAUGCUUGAAAGAUUGUCAGUUGAAGAUUGUCCCAAACUUGAAGGGAUGACACCCAACAAUCUUCCUUCUCUUGCCGUCCUUAGCUUAAGGGAUUGUCCCUUAUUGAUGGGGUCAAGACAUUCUAUUACAAACCCACCAUCUGACGUAUUCAGCCAAUUGGUGAUUUGUCUCAAUUCUCUUCAAAAGUUAACCUUAUCCAGAAUUCCAUCUCUAACGUCCUUUCCGAUAGACGGUCUUCCCAAAACUUUACAAUCUCUCUCUAUCAAUUCCUGUGAGAACCUGGAGUUCUUUUCUCAUGAAUCUUUUCAUAGUUACUCAUCACUCGAGGAUUUGCGAAUACACAAUAGUUGUAAUUCCAUGACAUCAUUUAUCUUGGGCUCUCUCCCUGUCCUCAAAAGUCUAGAUAUUUCCGGUUGUAAACAUUUAAAAUCCAUAUCAAUAGCAGAAGAUGCAUCGGAACCAAAUCUAGUGUUUCUUAGAAUCAUCAUAAUAUCGUUUUGCAAUGAGCUGGAGUCUGUUUCCUUAAGUCGAUUACCCAUUCCUAAACUCGCUUGUUUAAUUUUGUUGAGUUGUCAGAAGUUAAGUUCUCUACAUGAAUCAAUAAAGACUCUAACUAGCCUUCAAGAAAUGGUAAUUCGUGAGCUUCCAAAUCUCCAAUCGUUUUCCAUAGGUGAUUUGCCUAAAAAUUUAGUGAAACUGAGGGUUGGCUAUGUUGGAGGGAUUUUGUGGAAUACAACUUGGCAACAUCUCACUUCUCUUUCAGAGUUACUUAUUGAAGGUGGUGAUAUUGUGAAGGGGGUGAUGAGAACGCAAGUUCCGUUUCUACCCACUAAUCUCGUUUCUUUACGGGUCGCUGGGCUUGAAGAUAUAGAAUGCUUGGAUGGGAAGUGGCUUCAACAUCUCACCUCUCUCCAUAAACUUGAGAUUACUUUCUCACCCAAGCUCAAGUCAUUGCCAGAAAAGGGGGAAUUGCCUUCCUCUCUUGAAAAACUGCAUAUCAGACAUUGUCCGUUGUUGAAAGCAAAUUUGCAGAAGAAGAAAGGGAAAGAGUGGAGUAAGAUUUGUCACAUUCCCGAAAUAUAUAUAAAUUGGGAAAUCAUAGAAUGAGUAUUUCAUCAAGGUUUUCAUUCCAUUUGGGGUUCAAAUUGAAAUGAAAUGCUUCCUCGUUCUCACAUCAAAACCCCUUUGAUUCUUCAUUAUAUUGUUGCUGCUGACAUGGUUCGCUGAAAAGGAUUGAGAGUUCCAAAACAGACAAGUCACAUUCUCAAAGAGGAUAUCAUAAAUGGGUGGCUCAACAAGUCUAAAUUUGUUGAUUAUGAGAUGGAGGAGAUUCUAAGAGAAGAAACAUAGAGAGACAUUUAAUCAAAACAAGAGACAACAACUGAAAGAAAGGUUUUAUGAGCUUGGAAUAAUAUGGAUGUCACAAACAAACAGGAUUGCAAGAAAAGUGUUUGUAUCUCUACCGAGGCAUUUAACCAAAUGUUUGACUCUCCAAGGCUACAAUAUGAUUAUAUAGAAUGCUUGGAUGGAAAGUGACUUAAACAUGUUUAUCAGAAGAGGGGAAGUUUCCCUAUCUCUUCAAGAUCUGAAAAUCAAUUUGUACGGAAGAAACGAGGAAAAAAGUGGUGUAAGAUUGCUCAUAUUCCCAGCAUGUUUAUGUGUCCCGGUGAGUUGCUCACAUUUGGGGUUGAAAUUCAGAAUUCCAACACAGACAAGUAGAUUUCUAAAAUGGUGAGAUUCUAAGAGAGCAAAUUGGAAGCUAGAUAUAAAACAAGUAUACAAUUGUUGGGCACUGUCAUGGAGAAACCUGGAGGAUCAGCUGGACCUCACAAACCAGGAGGAUCACAAGUAUUCAUUAUGGGACUGUUCAGAAGAUAGAUUUCAAAAAUGGUGAAGAUUCUUGGAGGGAAAUUUGCAAUGCUAGAGACAAAGCAGGUAAUUCCAACUGCAGACAAGUCAGAUUUCUAAUUCAAAAUUUCCAUACGUCUGCAGAAAGAUCCUCCACAUCAGUCAAGAUACAUUCAUCCUAUAUUUGAGGCAUUCAAAAAUGGAGUAUCCCGCCACCUUCAAGGAAAAGAAGAGAGCCAUCUUGGAAAGACUCAAGAGUUUAGUUGUGAUCAUAGCAACAACUUUGCCUAGUUUUGUUGGAUACAUUGCAACACCUUUUUAUUGAUUUUUGUUGUCUGAUAAGUGAAUACGUGAGUUCAGUUGCUGUAAUAGAUUGUAACAUGUAAAACAUAAAUAUGAUUAAUAAAACGGAACUACAGCUGCUCUGUAGUCGGAGACGUAGGCAGACAAUUGGCCGAACUUCGUUAUCAAAUAUUGUGUAUUCUCUUAAUGUAUUUUUGUUUUCGUAUUUGUUUAGUUUUGAACUCCUUUCUUGACCUGUAAAGAUGUCAUGAGUUUAACAAAAGUAUAUCACAACUUGGAUGAAGAAAUGGCAAACAUGUGUGUUUACUAAUGCAGUUCUCUGGUGAACAUUGAUCUUGAGAAGCAAGGGAAAUGUCACAUAAAAUGAAUAUUUUUCAUAGGACUGGUAAACAUGCAGGCAUGACAUUUUCUUGGAUGCAUGUUGCUUCGAAUUAAGCUUCCUUAGAUUUUUAUGAGGAUAAAGAUGUAACCUCGAAGAGGAGUGACUCAUCAGGUUUUACUUGCUUUGCUUAGAGUGUGGAGUUUGUCCAUAUUACUAUGAAAAGUAGAAUGAUCAAAUUUUAGGUAUGAAGAGGAGUGACUCAAGGACUUAUUUUGUGUAUAACACGUGAUGGGUAUAGUUGGAUGACUAUGCUAUUCUUUUUGGAGAGGCUUAAUAUUUGUAGGUGAAUGUUGUAGUAUUGUAAAUUUAUCCAUCAUUAACACAUCAUAAUUUAAGAGUACUUUUAUGGUUU